AUGUUUCCACUUUUCGCCAGUGCACACUGUAUGGCGCAGUACCAGGCCUCUACGCCGUCACCGGCAAUGUACCCAAACUAUGAGGUGUACGGCAAUGUCGAUUUCGCCGAAGCCGCCAAGAGUCGUUACAAUGAGCGAUCGCUCAGCGGACUUCUGAGUGAUGUGAUGAUGCUCAGCAAAUGCGACUACCUCGUUUGCACGUUCUCUAGCCACUUCUGCCGUGUGGCGUACGAGCUCAUGCAAGUCAGACGUGGAGAUGCUGGAGAGAAUUUUUAUUCUCUUGAUGAGGACUACUAUUUCGGUGGACAGAUACGUAAGCCCUAUCAUUUGUUACAUUUCCCA